CAGUGAACAUCGAGGGACAUCUCAGCGACGACAAUCAUAAACUUGUGAUCGUGAUGGAGAAGUUUGUCCUCAUUCUCUUACCUGCCCUCAUCUCAACAUCAGGUGCCAAGGAAUCAGUUUAUGCUCGUGUAGGAGAUGAUGUCGCCCUAAAGCCUCCAGCGAUUAUCGAUUUAAAUCUUUAUGUGCACUGGAUGUUUCAAAAAGUGGACGCCCCUUCUCUUGCCUGGAGCAAUCACAUGGGUGGAAAAAAAUUCACUGAAGAUGAAACCUGGAAAGCUAAGUUGACCUUGUCUGGCGACUCACUGGGCAUCAAAGACGUCCAACCAGAGAACUUUGGGACAUACUUUUGUAAAAUUGAAUAUAGAAAUCAAAAAGUACUUAUCCAUUCCAUCGAACUUAUCAAACUCGACGUGAGUGUGACCCCAGCCAAUCCUCUGCUGCCUGGAGAAUCUCUGUCUCUGUCCUGCACCGUAGAUCACAAGAAGCCUGAGAUCUACUGGCUGAAUCCCAGAGGCGUGAAGAACAACCAGGGAACAGACACAGUGAGAGUCACAAGCCAAGACGAUGGCAUGUGGACCUGUGUAGUGGCAGAAGAUAAACGGGUCAAAAUGCCUGUAAAAGUUAUGGGCCUUUCUCCAGCUCCUUUACUUCCUCAAUACACAUCUACAUCCUCACGCCUCACUGUCCCCUGUUCGAUUCCUCCUCCCAUCACCUGGGAACAGAUCAAAGCUAAGGAGGUCCAGGAAGUUCACUGGCAAUUCUUCCCUGCAACAUCAUCAGGCCUCAAUUCCAAUGACGCCCAGAGGCUCUUCUCCCUCUCACUCGAUUCGCUGAGCUGGAAGGAAGACCAAGCCCGAGGUCUGAGUCCUGCACGAGACACCAAAAAAGGAAAUCUGGAACUGACCAGAAAGCUGGGCAGAGUGGACGACAGUGGGGACUACGUGUGCACUAUGAAAUUUAAAAAUGGCCUGACCCUGAACAGGACGGUACACGUGGAGGUGUUGCAAAUCGCCUCCUCACCGGGACCACACCUCCUCUCUGGCCAGCAGCUCAACCUGACGUGUGGCGUGGGCCAGCCGCUGCCCUCUGACCUCCAGCUGCAGUGGACCCGACCUAAACGAUCAGCCCAGCCUGGUCUGAAGUCUGACCAGCAACUCGACCUUCUCACCAUCCCAGAAGUGAGCACGGACGAUGGAGGACUUUGGGUGUGUGUGCUGUGGCAGGGUGAGACGCAGCUGACGUCGGCUGCGAUAACGUUGACGAUAGAACCCAAACUUAGUGUGUGGAUGCUGGUGAUCGCGUGCAGCUCUGCAGCCAUCGUGGUCCUCCUCCUCCUCAUCCUCGCUCUCAUCCUCCACCGACGCAGACGUCAGAAGAUGAGACACCUCAGGCAUCAACUCUGCCGAUGCAAAAAACCCAAGCCCAAAGGAUUCUACAGAUCAUGAUAUCUCCCAGAAAGAUAUUUCCAACAGGACACGGCCACCGAUUGAAUUUCUUUCCAGAUAAGAUGGAUUUUUCUGUCGUAUCUACUAAACUGUGAAGCUGUGUGAGCUGCGAGAGAUGAAGGUCUGAAAGUUUGAAUCAAAGUUCAGUCAUCGCUGAGAUGCCAGAUGAGACUCAGAAAGAAAAAUGUAUUUUACAGUUGUAUAUAUCAACCAGGCUGGAUUGUUUUUAAUUCCUUUACGAAUCUUAUCUUCAAUUCAAUUGUGUCUCUUUUUUUUAUGAUAAUACGUAGCUUAUAUGUUGGAUUCAGUAUAUUUAGUAUUAUUUGAGUAUUUUUUAAUUUCCAUGUCAUGUAUGUUCUUUAUGAUGCUCCUUUGACAGGUGUGGUUACCUGCUGCAAUAAAAAUGUUCACAUUUAUUUCAUUUGUACACAGAAAAUGAUACUUUAUUACUUAAACUAAAACAGGGUCCUGAGUAAAUCAGCUUUUUUGGUGAGGGGCCCUGCAGUGGUUUGGAGGUGGGGGUGGAGCCUGGUGUCAGUGGAGUGGGGUUGUAGCCAUCUGACAGAUCCGAGGAUACGUGAAGGAGCAGGGAACAUCGUACCACUUCUGAGAGCGGCUGUCCACCACAGCA